AGGAUGUGAGUCAUGGAGCCGCGAACCCUCUUCAUGCUGCUCUUGGGGGCCCUGGUCCUGACCGAGACCCUGGCUGGCUCCCACUCCCUGAGGUAUUUCGUCACCGCCGUGUCCCGCCCCGGCCUCGGGGAGCCCCGGUACCUGGAAGUCGGCUACGUGGACGACACGCAGUUCGUGCGGUUCGACAGCGACGCCCCGGAUCCGAGGAUGGAGCCGCGGGCGCCGUGGAUGGAGAAGGAGGGGCCGGAGUAUCGGGAUCGGAACACGCGAAUCUCCAAGGAAAAAACACUGAUUUACCGAGUGAACCUGAACAACCUGCGCGGCUACUACAACCAGAGCGAGGCCGGGUCUCACACCCUCCAGCAGAUGUACGGCUGCGACGUGGGGCCUGACGGGCUUCUCCUCCGCGGGUACAAGCAGUACGGCUACGACAGCAGAGAUUACCUCGCCCUGAACGAGGACCUGCGCUCCUGGACCGCGGCGGACACGGCGGCUCAGAUCACCAAGCGCAAGUGGGAAGAGGCAGGUGUUGCGGAGAGAUUCAGGAACUACGUGGAGGGCGAGUGCGUGGAGUGGCUCCGCAGAUACCUGGAGAACGGGAAGGACACGCUGCUGCGCGCAGACCCUCCAAAGGCACAUGUGACGCGACACCCCAGCUCUGAGCGUGAGGUCACCCUGAGGUGCUGGGCCCUGGGCUUCUACCCUAAGGAGAUCUCACUGACCUGGCAGUGCAAUGGAGAGGACCAGACCCAGGACAUGGAGCUUGUGGAGACCAGGCCUUCAGGGGAUGGAAACUUCCAGAAGUGGGCGGCCCUGGUGGUGCCUUCUGGAGAGGAGCAGAGAUACACGUGCCGUGUGCAGCACGAGGGGCUUCAGGAGCCCCUCACCCUGAGAUGGGAACCUCCUCAGACCUCCUUCCUCACCAUGGGCAUCAUUGUUGGCCUGGUUCUCCUCGUAGUAGCUGUGGUGGCUGGAGCUGUGAUCUGGAGGAAGAAGCACUCAGGUGAAAAAAGACGGACCUACACCCAGGCUGCAAGCGGUGACAGUGACCAGGGCUCUGAUGUGUCUCUCACGGUUCCUAAAGUGUGAGACAGCUGCCUUGUGGGGACUGAGUGAUGCUGCAUCCCGCUAUGUGACAUCAGAUCACCGGACCCCUCUUUCUGCACCUGCAUCUGAAUAUGUCUGUGCUCCUAUUAGCAAAACGUGAGGAGUUGGGGAGACUGGUCACCCCUGCCCACCGUGCCCCUUCCCCACCCUGACCUGUUCUCCUCCCUGAUCCACUGUCCUGUUCCAGCAGAGACGGGGCUGGGCUGUCUCCACUGCUGUGUUUGCUUCAUAUGCACUGAGUAAUGAUGUCUUAUUUCCCCUUUGAAAAUAAAAUCUGUAUAUAUAUGAA